AUAAAUUAUCCAAUAAUUGGCGAUCGCGAUGAGCUCAUUCACAUUUCACUCCGUAAUUUACUCGAAACUUUUUUUAUUAGUUUUAUUAUUCAGUUAAUUGCAUACAUUUAAUAAUUUAUACUACGUUUAAAAGUUUUGUAUUUAUAUAAUAAUCGUGAACAACUGUGUAUUUGUAAUUGAUUUUGUAGUUAAAAUUCGAAACAGGGCCAACGCCUAGUUUUUUUUUUGAUAAGCAUAACAUUCCGACAUAAUGGCAGCAAUCCGUAAGAAACUUGUCAUCGUCGGCGACGGUGCCUGCGGAAAAACUUGUCUGCUCAUUGUGUUUUCCAAAGAUCAAUUCCCAGAAGUUUAUGUACCCACCGUGUUUGAGAACUAUGUAGCUGAUAUAGAAGUCGACGGCAAACAAGUAGAACUAGCACUGUGGGAUACAGCGGGUCAAGAAGAUUAUGAUAGACUAAGACCAUUGUCCUAUCCUGACACGGAUGUUAUCCUCAUGUGUUUCUCCAUAGAUUCACCAGAUUCGUUAGAGAAUAUCCCAGAGAAAUGGACGCCGGAGGUGAAACAUUUCUGUCCAAAUGUGCCGAUUAUAUUGGUUGGUAAUAAAAAAGACUUGCGUAAUGAUCCAAAUACAAUCCGUGAGUUGAACAAGAUGAAACAAGAGCCUGUAAGGCCAGAAGAGGGGCGAGCAAUGGCCGAAAAGAUCAACGCAUUCGCUUAUUUGGAAUGUUCAGCUAAGAGCAAAGAAGGAGUUCGUGAAGUUUUCGAAACAUCAACAAGAGCUGCACUUCAAGUAAAGAAAAAGAAGAAGGGCAAAUGUGCCUUGUUGUAAGUGAUGUCUUUUCAAGAAUAUAAAAAUCUACUUAGAAAAUAAAAUAUAUCAUAUUUUUAUACAAUUUUUCAAAUUACCAUGUCGUUUUAAGGAUUUUCAGCAUUUAAAACAAAUAAACCUGAUUGUACAAAUCAUGGUGCAAGACAAAAUAUAUCAUUUUAUUUUUCUAUAAUAAACACUAUAAUUAUAAUCAUGUAUUCCUAUUGUUUGCCAAAAUAUGUACAAAGCAAAACUGUUGGGGAGAAUUUUUAUCGGGUAAUCACUAAUCAUAGUGCAUUUUGUAACUUAUUUUAACUUUAUUUUUUAUAUUAUAAUAACUGUUCUGUAAAAAUAAAGUUGAAACUACAAAAUAAUUGAAACAUUUUAUCGACUCAUUUUUCGCUACCUUCAACAUAAUACAAUAUUUCUGUAUCGUAAAUAUAUAUAUAUAUAUAUUCACACAUAUAUAUUUUUUUUUUAUGGACCUGCUGUGCCAGGAAUCCCAUGAUGUAUUCCUUAGCUUAGUUUUUUUUAAAUACUAUUAUUACGUUUGUUCAUUAACCAAUAUUUAUAUGCUUGUACUUUUUAAGAAAUUUACUAAUAAAAGUUUAGAUUUUAUUAAAUUUAUUUUUCAUGCCUCGA